UGUGUGUCAACAGAGGAUCGGUAAAUGGAAGGUUGUCGAAGAGCGUGAAUAAUUUCAGGAAAUUUUUCCUUGUAAAUAGCAUAUACUCUGUUCAGAAGAUAGUUUUAGGGCUUAACGAACAGGUCAAGAUGAGCAAGGAGUAUGUGACGCUGGGCGUUCAGCGCGAAUCUCUGAUAAACAAUCCUCUUCUACAAAAGUCUGAACUUGGAAGGCCACUACGGCGUUGCUUCACCCUACCUCCUGAUGGGUUUACUUACGGAAAGCCAAAUGAAGGAAAGGAUAGUGGUGCGGCUGAUGCACUUGUAUGGAGAUCAGCCCCUCUAGCUCCCCUUUAUCUUAAGGCAAAAAAGGCUCAAAGAGAUUUUAUUGGAUUAAAUAAAGGAGCAGUUCAAACUGGCCUCACAACAGCUCAGGAACAUUUUCAGUAUCGAGCCACACAUGACAUGAGAAGAAAAGACUUUGGCAAUGAAAAGACAUUAUCGAAAGUUAAAAGAAUCCCACCUACAAUGGUUUUUGGUGUCCCAACAAAGCCUUCCACUCCAGUUUAUGAUCUUCUGGGACAUAAAUAUCAAGACCGCUGGAUAGAAGAAAGACGUAAAGCUGAGGGAGCAGCCAGAGCAAGACAAGAACAGAAGAAACAUGUUGAUAAAACCAUCUAUGAGACAAGGACUGUACUGCUCAGAAAAUACCAACCCCCAGUGGAUCCAUCUCCACCAUGGCACAUGAAGAAGUUUGAAAAGAUCCCAGCUUACCUCAGCACCUUUAGAUCAGAUCAAGCUAAAGAUUCUGCUUUCAAACACCAUGCCACAGACAGCACCUCACGGCAGGGAGUUUUCGGCCAUGGAAUAUAUGAACCUGCUAAAAGCUAAAGAGCAAGACAACAAUUUUCAUCACAUUUCAACCUUAAAAGGAGUGGACGACACAUUUUUUAAAGUAUUGUAAUAAGUUAUGAUUCUAAAGAUCACUUGGCCCAAAAGAGUGGAAAGCAAUUUUUUUCUCUCUCUCUCAAAAAUCUCCUAAAAGUUUUCCAAGGAUUAUAGUUUUGUGAUUAUUCAAAGUUUUGUGCCUGUGAGGACUAAAAAAAGCAGCCUGAAAACAAAAGCCUCUGACUUUUUGUUACACAGCAGUUAUGGAAUGUUAAUUUCAUUAGCACAGACUGAAAAUAGUGAACAUUAAUUUAUUUGAAUCUUUCUAUUCUUAGCUGAUACUCUCAAUAAGUACGGAGUUGUUCAAAGUCUGCUGCUACUAAACAUUGUUAACUGAAAAACAAUUAUUUUUCCUCUUACAACUGUUGUCUACAAAUAAAAACUGUUGUAAAAUUAA